GAAUCAGGUGAUGCGGACGGACAGAGGGAGGGUUUAAAUAGGAAGGGAGGCCAUCUUGGGCUUUCUGUUUCAGACCGAACCGCAGCUUUGACAGCAGGCAGAGAAGUCCACAACAACCCAACAGAUCAUCUCGAUACACGGGUGAAGAGUUGUGGGGAUGGAGGUAUUUGAGACAGGUGUGCCCAUGCAGCCUCUGGCGUAAGGCUCUCUGACCGGUGCCACACCAAGCCGAGAUACACCUGAGUUAUUAUUAUUCUUUAUUUUUAUUUUAUUUUGUCAGUCAUUUUGUUGACAUUAGUUUUUUUUUUAUAUGUUCCACAAAGAACAAUACUAUUGAGGAACAGGAGAGGAGACGAUUGCUUCUAUCUAAUUACAUUUGUUUUGGAUAACAGCCCGUGAGAAGUCAGACUAUUCCUCACAAUCAGAAUAAGGACAGUGGCUUGGAUAAUUGACUAGCCAUGAGUACCGCCAGUACCCAGAACCCAGUGAUACUGGGCCAUUCCAACCAGAAUGGCCAGCUCCGAGGCCCGGUGGUGAAGCCUGCAGGAGGACAGGGCAGCGGAGGAGGCAGUCAUCAGACACAGCAGCCCAGCCAUAUGAAGCAGGCCUCCAGCACAAUCAACAACGGCACUGGGCCUAGCAGCACCCAGCUGGCUAAAGCUACCCCCACAGCCAAUACUGUCAUCAAGCCCGGAGAUGACUGGAAGAGGAAUUUGACGCUCCCUCCAAAAGACACGAGGAUGAGAACAUCGGACGUAACGGCAACUAAAGGCAAUGAGUUUGAAGACUACUGCCUGAAGAGGGAGCUACUGAUGGGCAUCUUUGAGAUGGGUUGGGAGAAACCCUCUCCAAUACAGGAGGAGAGCAUCCCCAUAGCGUUGUCUGGGAGGGACAUUCUGGCCAGGGCCAAGAACGGGACAGGAAAGAGCGGAGCUUACCUCAUUCCCUUACUGGAACGCAUUGACCUGAAGAAGGACUGUAUACAAGCUAUGGGCAUCGUUCCCACCAGAGAACUGGCAUUGCAGGUGAGCCAAAUCUGUAUCCAGAUCAGCAAACACAUGGGAGGGGUCAAAGUCAUGGCCACAACGGGUGGCACCAACCUCCGCGAUGACAUCAUGAGGCUCGACGAGACAGUACAUGUUGUGAUUGCCACCCCUGGGAGGAUCCUGGACCUCAUUAAGAAGGGUGUGGCCAAAGUCAAUCAGGUUCAGAUGAUGGUUUUGGAUGAGGCAGACAAGCUGUUGUCCCAGGACUUUGUCGUGAUGAUGGAGGAGAUAUUGAGCUACCUGCCCAAACAGAGACAGAUUCUGCUCUACUCUGCUACCUUCCCUCUCAGCGUACAGAAGUUCAUGAACUCCCACCUGUCCAAGCCCUACGAGAUCAACCUGAUGGAGGAGCUGACCCUGAAGGGGGUCACCCAGUAUUAUGCCUACGUUACAGAGAGACAGAAGGUCCACUGUCUCAACACGCUCUUCUCCAGGGUGAGUGCUGUCACUGUAACCCCUUGUACCCUCACCCUGAAGGGGGGGUCAUCCAGUAUUAUGCCUCGGUUACAGAGACAUGGCCACUGUCUCAAGACAUUUUCCAGGGUAGGUGCCCAUCAACGGCCCCUAACUCCUACGCUACAGACCAAAGCUGACUCUGCCCCCCCCCAGCUGACUCUGUCCUCUGCCCCCCAGCUGACUCUGUCCUCUGCCCCCCAGCUGACUCUGUCCUCUGCCCCCCAGCUGACUCUGUCCUCUGCCCCCCAGCUGACUCUGUCCUCUGCCCCCCAGCUGACUCUACUUGUCUACUCGUCUGUCUCUUUCCAGGAGCACCGUAACAGAGUGUUCCACGACUUCAGAAACGGGCUCUGCCGGAAUCUGGUCUGCACAGACCUCUUCACAAGAGGUAUCGACAUUCAGGCGGUGAAUGUGGUGAUCAACUUUGACUUCCCCAAGCUGGGCGAGACGUACCUGCACCGCAUCGGCCGAUCUGGUCGUUUUGGUCACCUGGGUCUGGCCAUCAACCUGAUCACAUACGAUGACCGCUUCAAUCUGAAGGGCAUUGAGGAGCAGCUGGGAACAGAGAUCAGACCCAUCCCCGGCUGCAUAGACAAGAGCCUGUAUGUCGCAGAGUACCACAGUGAGAACGGAGAGGUCAAGCUGUGAGGUGGAGGACGAACAGAGAUCAGAUGAGACCCCCGUCCCCGUCGCCCCUCCCUUCUGUGUCCUGGACAAUUUUUUUUUUUUUUUGUCUUUUUGUUGUUGGAUAUCUAACUUCCUGUCUGUCGGUCUUCCUUCCUGUUUUUGGAUGCCACCUCAUGGAAACGUGUACGAUCUGUGAGGGACAACAAACCUGCAGAGGAACUCAUGAUGUCCCUGUUCUAGGGUCCUCUCUCUGCUGCGAUGCACUGAAGACUACGACUACUAACUCCUACAGUACUGGGAGGAGGAAGGCGGGGAACGUGGAGAACUGUCUUUCAAUGGAAAUGGAUUUCAUCAUUUCCAUCAUUCUCCUGCUCCAAUCUACCCUGAGCACUGCCUGCCAGUCAGCACUUACCCCCCGGCUCCCUCCACCCUGCCCCUCUCCCUGCCCCUCUCCCUGCCCCUCUCCCUGCCCCUCUCCCUGCCCCUCUCCCUGCCC